UUUAACAUCGAGUAGUAGCUACUUGGAAGAGCCUGUAGCCCUGUUAAUAAAAGUGUACUUGUUCAAGAAAUGCCUCUCCAGAUUUUUUUUUCCCAUCAGUAGCAUGAUUUCAGACAUGCCCAGUCAAUCCAAAUGCACGAGACGGAAGCUGCAAUCGUGCAACUUGUAUUGAACUCCGACGGAAGUUUAGGAGGGAGAGCAGCAGUUAAGGAUCGAGUUUUGGCUUGAUGAGAUGGAGAAACCGUGAGACGCGAGCGCUUCUUCUGAUCAGGUUCAUGGGCACCAUGCGCUCCUCGCCGUGUGCGUAAGCUGCUGUGGAGCAUUCACACAUUAUGAGACGCCAUGGCAUGGUGUGACCGAGGGGUUCAGACCUUGCUGGCGAUCGUGGGGGCCUUCGCUGCCUUCAGUCUCAUGACCAUCGCCAUCGGCACCGACUACUGGCUUUACUCCCGGGCAUACACCUGCAACGCCACUAAUGUGACCUCAGACGAGACCCAGAUGCAAACCAAGAAAGUCAAAGGCGACCUGACGCACUCUGGACUGUGGAGGAUCUGUUGUAUCGAAGGUAUCAACAAAGGAACCUGUUUUCGGAUCAAUCAUUUUCCUGAGGAUAACGACUAUGAUACGGACAGCUCAGAGUACAUCUUACGUAUAGUGCGUGCAUCUAGCCUGUUCCCUAUUCUCAGCACCAUCCUGCUGAUGCUGGGUGGCCUGUGUGUCGGGGUCGGACGCAUCUACAAGAGCAAGAACAACAUCCUGCUCAGUGCUGGCAUCCUGUUUGUGGCUGCAGGCCUGAGCAACAUCAUUGGCAUCAUCGUCUAUAUCUCCAGCAAUACUGGAGAUCCCAGUGACAAGAAAGACGAGGACAAGAAGAGCCAGUAUAACUACGGCUGGUCCUUCUACUUUGGUGCCCUCUCCUUCAUUGUGGCCGAAUCAGUGGGUGUUCUUGCUGUCAACAUAUAUAUCGAGAAAAACAAAGAGACACGCUUCCGAGCCAGACGCGACUUCAUUAAAACCGCUUCUUCCUCUUCACCGUAUUCUCGCAUCCCGAGUUACCGUUACAGACGGAGGCGCUCACGCUCCAGUUCGAGGUCAUCUGACCCUUCCCGCGAGCCUUCCCCGGUGGGUUUGAAGGUUGGUGGAGGAGGAGGGUUGGGUAUGGGGUUGCCGAUGGGGGAUAUAUCCCUGUACGCCCUCAGUAGGGACCCAUUAAAGGGUGGAAGUGGGACUGCAGGGCCUUACAGUCCUGAGAGGGACUCUGGGUUUUUACAAGUCCAUAACUGCUUCCAGAAAGAUCUGAAGGAUGGAGUGAACAGGAGGACCACACCUGUAUAAGGUCAGGAGUGUACUGCUGUGUAAAACAAUAAGCUGGAUGGAACACAUAAGAUACUGUAGAGCUGAUGAGAAAGGACAAGUCCUCCCUGGGGCAGCAGCCAUGUUGAAAGGUCAGAGCUCAGAGCUAUUUUCCUCAUGUUGCUCUGUGUCAGACGAGUGCCACUCUGUGGUUCAUUAGGAGGAAGAGGAAAACUUAUCAAAAUAACUUUUUAUGAUAUGCCUCAUUUUCUUCUUUAAAAAAUAAAUGCAUAAAUUUUGUAGCAAUAUUUGAUGUGUUUUAAAACGUGUUUUAAAAAAAAUUAAAAUGGUGUGCCCACUAUUUGAAGAAGUGACUUCUGCUGAAGUGUUAUUCUUUGAAGGAUAGUCCCAAGAGUUUGCCUGAGGAAAGAUGCACCUUUUAUACACUUGAUACUCAACAUAAAAAGAUUCUGAAUAUUGAAGCUAAGGUCAUGAUGUUUUUCCUCUGAAGUAGCUGUACAGUGUUGUGGAAAUGAACUUCUAUCUUUUAUUCGAGGACAAAAAAGAUGUUUGUCUCCAAAAGCUAUUUGCUGAAAUUAAGUGAUUUAUGUGCUUGUUUGUUAUCAGAGUGUUGUUGUAUUGUAUGUGUUUGUAACUUAACACAACUGGUGCUAACUUUAUCUGUACACCUUUGAUAGUCUUGAGCCUUCUCAGCUGCCAUUUAAGCAUGUAAACUGCCAUUUACUUUCACUGCGUUUCAGUAACUUCUCUCAGCUUUGAGUCAUGUGAUGCAUAUGUGUGUUAUAGUAUGUGAAGUGCCACACUUUAACACAUUCAUACUAUGAAUAUGGAUUUUUGUAGCUAUGUAUCAAAAAUGACAAGGUGCACUGUCAUGUCAGUACAUUCCAGUAUGCUGUGUGGUGAAUCCGUAGAAACGUGUGUAGGCUGUGUGUGUGGUUUGCUCAGGGACAACAUACAGUACCGAACAAAUUACCUAAGCCAGACAGACUAUUACAGUCGCUGUGUGUAAAAACAGAGGUGAGAUCACGCCGUAUGUGUUGCUGUUAAUUAACGUGACUUUGCAUUUACUGCCUUUGUGUUCAGAGGGUUGUUGUUUGGUACAGAAAUGUUGAUCAUGCUGCAAGAAAAUACAUUUGUAGGUUAGACACAACUCAUAUUUAAACUAUUUCUGUACUUCUACUGCUCCAUAUUAAUAAAAAUUGUUUG